CUUCCUAUUUACUCCGCGGCAUGCCGAACUUCGUUUAUGAAGACAGGGAGUGCACUUCCUUCUGUUUAUUGGAAAGAACGUUGCCUUAAGAGAAUCAGGCGAAAAAUUCGAAAUAAACGAUCAGCACAAGAAAGCAGACGACGGAAACAGGAGUAUAUUGAAGCUCUUGAAGCAAGGUUCAAAGCUUGCACUAAGGAAAACCACGAACUUAGGAUGCAGAUGGAGAUUUUAACGAAAAAUAACAGGUUUUUAUAUUUUUGGCUGGAUUUCUCAAGGUGUUCAUGA